AUGGAUGUCUUCCAUCAUCAUCAUCAUCAGCAGCAGCAGCAGCAGCAGGGCCUUGAGCCAGAAGCUGUCACCCCUCCACCAACCACCGCUGCUCUCCAACAACAACAACAACACCAGCAGCAGCCAACACACCCUCCACCGCCGAUGCAGCAGCAGCAGAGGAUGCACCACCACCAUCACUUGCUGCUGAACACAUCCCCCAACCAACCAACCAAGCCAUCACCCAAUGCUGCUGCUGGCGGAAGCUGGCUGUUUGCAGCUGGGAACAGGUGGCGACAGCACAAGUUGCAUUUUCGGCUGGAAGCAGCAGCAGAGGGUGCGGUGAUGGUGCUGGGGUGCGCUGCCGCUGCUGUGCUCAUGCAGUAUUCCUACAUGCAUUGGGAGGAGCAGCUGUGGACACACACGUCCAUGGCCAUGGCGGGCACAUCCAACCACAGUGACGCAGUCAUCUCCUCUGUCAUCACCGUCAUCAUCAUCGCCAUCGACUGCACAGCCGCCAUCACACUCCGGCUCACACCAGCCCCAAUCUGGCGUGAUGCAGACAUUGCACAUGUCAGUCGCUCUCAUGAAGAGCCUUCAUCCAGACCGCACGAAACGCGGCAGCCCAGAACGGACACCAUUGUGCUCGAAAACGCCACCACAACGACAAACGUGCGCGAUCUCACCACAUUCACGUGCAGACACAUCAACGCGACCCUCUUGUAG